UUCACGAAAUCAGCACAGGUCGUUCGCUCGUCUACCAUUAAAAACAUAGUACCGUUAAAUUCCAUAAUAAAUCUAGAAAAAGUUACGAACACUAAUGCCAAGUCGAAGACUUAGACCCCGGGUGGUAGGUUCUACCACAAGGAUCCAACCAUGGGUGCCAACUAAAGAAACCAUUGAAGUGGGCCUGCUUGAGCACUGACAGUCUAUUUACUCUUACUUAACCACUGCUUAGCACCGGCAAAUCAUCCUGGUCCCUGAACGACGAAGCAGAGUGACAACAAGCUAAGGUUGCAGGGCGGAAUCAAGGAGUUCCUAUGGAGCAAGUAAGCAAGGCGGCGCUCGGGUGGGCUGCGAGGGACGCCUCCGGACACCUCUCCCCUUACAGCUUCUCGAGGGUUCUGAGAGACGGCGACGUGACGAUCAAGGUGCUCUUCUGCGGGGUCUGCCACACCGACCUCCACAUCAUCAAGAACGAGUGGGGCAACGCACUGUACCCCGUCGUUCCCGGGCACGAGGUCGUCGGCGUCGUCACGGACGUCGGCGCCGGCGUGACCAAGUUCAAGGCCGGCGACACGGUGGGCGUGGGCUACUUCAUCGACUCGUGCCGCACCUGCGAGAGCUGCAGCACGGGGCACGAGAACUACUGCCCCGACCUCGUCCUCACCUCCAACGGCGUAGCCCGCGACGGCGGCGUGACGACGACGACGACCACGCAGGGUGGCUUCUCCGACGUGGUGGUGGUGGACCAGCACUACGUCGUCAGGGUCCCCGCGAGCCUGCCUCCGGACGGGGCCGCGCCGCUGCUCUGCGCCGGCGUCACGGUGUACAGCCCCAUGGUGGAGUACGGCCUCAACGUGCCCGGGAAGCGCCUCGGCGUCGUGGGACUCGGUGGCCUCGGCCACAUCGCCGUCAAGUUCGGCAAGGCGUUCGGGAUGGCGGUCACGGUGAUCAGCUCGUCCCCUGCCAAGCGUGGAGAGGCCAUCGAGCGCCUUGGCGCCGACGAGUUCUUGGUCAGCCGCGACACCGAGCAGAUGAAGGCGGCGGCAGGCACGAUGGACGGCAUCAUCGACACGGUGUCAGCGGGGCACCCGAUCGUGCCGCUGCUGGCGCUACUGAAGCCCAUGGGGCAGAUGGUGAUCGUCGGCGCGCCAAGCACGCCGCUGGAGCUGCCGGCGUACGCCAUCAUCACGGGCGGGAAGCGGGUGGCCGGGAACGGAGUGGGGAGUAUCGCCGACUGCCAGGCGAUGCUGGACUUCGCGGGGCAGCACGGCAUCACCGCGGACAUCGAGCUCGUUAGGAUGGACUACGUCAACACGGCCAUGGAGCGGCUGGAGAGGAACGACGUCAGGUACCGGUUCGUCGUUGAUGUCGCUGGCAGUCUGGGCGCCGCUGCUUAAUUAGGCGCGCGGCAGAAUACGGUGCCUGCUUCUUGUGUACCAGUCGGGUGCAAUAAUAAAAUUAUAGAGUGCACUGCCGUGUGAUGUAUUGUAACACUGCCAGACAAAGUUCCUAAUGCACGAGAUCUGAAUCUGAUGAUGCUCUUGUUAUUCUGAA